AUGCCCCUGAGCCUCUCUCUCGCGAGCCGAGUCGGAGAUACGGUUCUCCUCCUCUUGUCUGGUGAGAAGCCAUCCGGUGAUGAGGAUCAACGCAAUGACGCAGAAGAGCCAGAUGGCGGAGAAGGUGAUGACUCCGGCGGUGGAGGAGAAGAACGCGUUGAUCUGGUUGAUUUGGUCCAUGUUGAAUGGUGGAGAGGAGGAGACGAUUGGGGCAGCCAUGGCUAUUUAGUUGGAAAAGCACUGAAAAAAUAUUAUAGGGGAUGUUGA